UCAGGUCCCUGCGCACUGGCGGUGGAGCACUCUCAUAAGCAGCACUCACACCGACUCAACUCCACACAACACAUCAAACUGUGAGGGGCCAUGUCGCAGUACACUCUGGGAGUUCACCUGCAGAUUCUGCUGGCUGUGGGUCUGGCCGUGUUCUGCUACUGUCUGGUUCUUGGUUGCGUCUUUUGCUGUCGCCGGAGGAAGAGUGUUUCAUCGGAGGACAAGGAGGCAGUUUUCCUGUCUGCUCAUCCUGCUGAGAGGGUGACUGUAACAUUGACUCCAUCUCCAUGCACGCAGCCUGUUAAGCAGCAGUAUGAGGAGCUGGAUGGAGACGUGUUGGAGUUUCCUUCCUCUAAGAGCAGCUCUUCUCCCUCUAAGGAUGACGUCAUUGCCCUGCCCUUUGACCCCAGCCCCACCAGAUCAACUGAGCUGGUGCAGUCUCGUGGAUCUUCGUAUCCAAUACGGCGCCUCAGUUCCCCGGCUGUUCCCUGCUUACCCAGAAAACCUCAGAGUCAUGGCAGAGCCUCCCUGCCCUCCCUCACUAAGCUGAGUCUGGUGUCUAAAUCUUGUCGGGCUAUGGGUCGGCGAAGCACAGUGAGCAGUGAAAGUUUUCUUUACAGCGAGAGCAGUCAACUGACUGCUGGAGCUGCCGCAGCCCCCACCCUGCAGGGGCAGCAUUGUCUAUCACAGUACGGCUCUAACUCUCUCUCCAUCCCCACAAAGCCGGCUCUCCUCCUGCACUUCUCCCUGCUCUUCUCCUCCGCCGGCGGCACCCUGGUCAUCAGCAUCCUGGGGCUCUCAGGGGCCAGUCGAAGGCGCAGUGGGGUGUUUGUUCGAGCCAGCCUCCCUCCCCUCUGCCCCUCCCCUCAGCAGACAGCCUCUCGGCGCCGCAGCCUCAGCCCAGACAUCCACAGUCAGAGCUUUGUGCUGCAGGUGGGCUCUGUGGAGGAGCUGCGCACCUGCACCCUGAGACUGGCCGUCUACAGCAGGGACUUCUCAGGCCUAAGAGAGGCUGCCCUGGGGGUGGUGGAGCUGCCCUGUGAGGAGAUGGACUGGGAGCCUAACGUCACCACCACUCACACCAGGCAGCUCAGCCCGACUAAAAGCAAGCUGAAAAAGAGUGCGAGUUCUCUAGAGGGGUUGGGCCACAGGAAGAGCUCGGUGAGUGUGCCGCGGGCUUUGGGCCAGCUGUUCAUCCUACUGCAGUAUCAGACGCUGGCCCAGCGCAUCAAGGUGAUGGUCCGAAAGGCUGAGAAUCUGGCCAAGCUCACACGGAUCCCAGGAGCUCCAGACCACUACGUUGUCAUCAACCUGCGGCAGGAUGGGAAAGUCAUUGCUACCAAGGAGACCAAAGGAGUCAGCGGUCCAAGCCCCGUGUGGAACGCUCCGUUCCUGUUUGACCUGCCCCCUGGUGACAUCACUCAGUUGCCAUUGAUCCCUGAAUUCAUCAUCAUGCAGGGCCGACUCUACACUAAGAGCAGCAUUUUGGGUUGUGUGCUGAUUGGCAGCGAUGCUUCAGAGGUGGCACAGGGACACUGGAAGGAGAUGUGCAGUCGGGGGCAAAUAGAAACGGCUCGCUGGCACGCCAUCCAAUCAGAUAUGAUGUAGAAGUGAGUUUCCCAAGGGUGGAAUUAUUUGCACACAGGAAUCAGACUUUAUUUAAAGAUCGACGACGAGGGCAUCUCCCCAAAAGUGAAGCCAAAGCGUCUUUAUCGCCAUCUGGUGUUUGACUGCAGUAUAGGUCCUUCAUAUUAAAUGAUGGGAAAUGGAUCAAACUAAAAAGUCAAAAUUAAUGAAAGAUAUUUUUUUUCUGACAGAUGAUUUCUAUCAUUUUAGUUCUUAUUAAACUGAUGGUAAAAAAAAUGUAUUAUUAGCAAGUUUGGCUUUAAUUUGUCCACGAUGCUGUAAAAAUGCGCUGAAACGUCAUGUAUUACAGCUGACGAUUGGGCGUUGCAAUGGGACCUUGCUACUGUGGCUCCAGCUCACGAUAUUGGGUGGAAGUGGAGACAUGUCGUCCAUCUUUAUUUAAAGUCUAUUUGUAGUAUUAACAUGUGACCUGGAUCUAAUUGCCCCCCCUGUUUUCAAGGUACUUAUUUUAGUCUGUUUUCUAGCUAUAUUGAGUUUUUUGGGGGUUUAACUUUGUUUGUAAUGUUAUUUAUAAACAUAUGAAGUGUAUAACUAUAACUACAGUGUUCAGGAGAAACCAUAUCCAGAUGGUAAAAUGUGUAUCUUUAGGGCCGUAGUGUAAGAUGGACUGACCAUGAGAACCUGCAAGGAGGGAUCAGCAGCAGUUUCCUCCAUAUCAACAGUAUUCUGCAUCCCUGCAUUGCCUUUGUGAUGAUUUCCACUGUGAGUUCUUAAAACUGUAGUCUAGGAAGUCCACUGUUCUGGUUGUACUGGAUGCAGUCUGUGCUAAUGUUGUAGUCAUGUUUAUAUUAUGUCCAGAGGCAACACAAAUGUUAGUGUGCAAUAGAAGUUGAUAAACAGUCAAAUCUGACAUUUCUUGAGUUACGGUGCAUUUAUGUUGCCACUCUGCCUGUGGUUUGAUGUGUUGUAUUAAUGUGCCAGUAUUUGUCAAACUCUCCUUACUAGUAUGUUGCAUUCUCAUUCCAUGUAGAAUCAAUGUUUUAUUUUGUUCCACAACAAAAGGGAUAUAAAUGGGUGUAAACUAACUAUUGAUCCCUCAUGUUCUGUCAAUUGAUGCCAAAACAACACAUAGACACAUAUCAUUUCAGAAAAAGUUUCUAUUUCAUCAAUGAGAAUAGAAAUAUUACUCUGUUGUGUUCUUUUUUAGACCUGAAACAAAUAAAGAGUAUUCUUCAGAGCACUACAAUGAUGUAUGUCUGGUAUCCUAACGCAUUAAAAGUAGAUCGUACACUUGAGAUGUGGAGAUAUCUUCAUUAUUCAUUCUUCAUUAUUAUGUGACACCCUUUCAAGCAUAACCAGAAAAGAAGGUUGGGUUAAAAAAUAUCAUGUUUUAACAUUUAUUUGACAAGUGUCACAUAUUUUUUAAUGCUAAGAAUUAACAUUAUUUUUGGUUUCUAGAAAGAAAUUUCUGUGUUUCUAUGUAUUGAAUAUUGAACAUGUUGAUGCCUGCCUGUGGCAUGUAUUGUCUAACUGUACAUGAAUGUCCUUGCUUAUGAGAGAAUAAUUUCAGAGAAUUUUAAAUAAAUUGUUAUAUUAUUAAAUUA